AUAAUCUCUCUUUGUGCCCUAGGGACGAUCUCGCCUACGUCUACCCGUAAUGGCGCUUUCAAAUUCCAUUGUAUCCAGAGGCUCAAGCCCUCGGCCUUCUGUCACCACAGGCGCCGCCAGACGAAAAAAGAAAGUCACUCAGGCUUGCGUGCCGUGCCGCAACAAACGAUCAAAAUGUGACGCUCAGACUCCCGUAUGCUCAGCUUGCUCCAAUCGAAAAAUCAAAUGCACAUACUCUGAAGUCGACGGACGAAAAGGCAAGCUUAAAAAAGAGGAGCAGGACGCUUUGCGGGAGAAGACUGCCAAGCUAGAGGAUAUCUUUCAGAGUUUGAGCUCUGCUUCCGGUCAGGAUGCCCUAACCCUGCUACAGCGUCUCCAAUUGGAUCCAUCCUUCGGCCUUUCUCAAUUUGCGUUGCCAACUAGGCACGUGCUUGACGAACGGCAGAGGUCUUCACAGCAGGUCAUCGAGUUCAGGAAUUCGGUCCGUGUUCAUCGGCCUACUCUAGGGGCGCGUGCUGGGGUACCGGGCCCUCUGUCGUACCGCACUAAAGCUCAAGGACUCGGGACUUACGAGGAUGAAUUGAAGGGCCAGGCUAUUCGAGUAUACGGAAACGGUAACCUUCCACCAGGCUCGUCGAUCAUCUCCAGCAUCGCCGCAUUCUUCGAUUGCAGCCAUGCCCUGUUUUAUAUAUGCGAGCGACAUGAGAUGGAUGACAUUUAUGACCGUGUAUAUCGACAACGAGAAUCGCUGGACAAUGCAACCUUAUGUGAACUAUGUGCCUUCACCGCCGUUGGCAGCCGCUAUUACACUGACGAGUUCGACCCAUCCGUCAUGGAAGCUUUGUACUGUACGGCUAAGCUGUAUGUCGAAGACUCUGUCCAAUCAAACUUUCUCCGGGGCAUGAGAGCCACACUCUGUAUGAGUAUGUACUCUCUCUUGACGAAGCCAACGAGUGCUCGUCUUUGGCUGUCCUCAGGCCUCCAUGUGGCUCGUUCAGCGGAUUUACUCAAAGACCAAUGGCCUCGAGAUCUCUGGGUGAGUUACUGCAGACUCUACGGUUCAUUUGUGUUCUUGGAAUGUUGGCUGUCCUCGCGCCUUGGAUAUCAAGCUGCCGUCAGUCGAGCGGAAAUGGAGUUCACAACACAAGAAAUUCGACAACUUCGAUAUCCAGUCGAAAGUCAAAUUCAGGCGCGGUUUUCCGUGAUCGGCUUUAUCAUGGCCGGUAUAUCGCAGGACAUCUACAAAUCCACUCCCACUACGUUCGCCAUUGUGGAAAAGUAUUCCCAAUUGUUGAGCCAGUGGAGAGGAGACCUACCACACGAAAUUCAACCAUUCGGGCCCGUGAGGGGCCGCGAUUAUGUCACUUCGGAGCAGGAUUCGAGAUCGAUUAUUCUACUGCAUAUCGUUUACUUUGGGGCGCAGAUGCUGGUUCAACGACGCCUGUUGGCUGCGAUCGCCCAGUGCAAAAUGGAAGAACGGUGGACGCUCGACGGAGAGCCUGAUCAGGGUGCAAAGAUCCAACAACAAUGUGUUGAGGCGGCUGAGACUUGCGUCUAUCUCCUGGGGAUGCUUAAAUACACCAGAAAUACGUUCCGCAGAUAUUGGUUAUGCAUGUAAGUACGAGUCUCGUUCAUUGGAGAAACUCUGACGCUUCUCCACUACCAGUGAUCCCGCAUCCACCGCAUGCAGUGUGCUACUUUUCGAUGCUGCCUGGCAACUCUUGAAUCGGCAGAGAGACAGGGCCCAAGUCCAGCUCGACAAGUCAAAAGAAUGCAUCAACAUCUUAGACGGAUACGCGGAAGCCACGUGUAUUUCCAUGAAGAUGCAUCAGAUCCUACUGCCUCUAUACCAAGACCUGCGACUUGCCGAGACCGAGCUGAGUAGCCGUCGUCGAAGUACCAUCUACGAUCUUCUUGAGAACCCGCGGCCACCGACGGCGCACAUGUCAGCGCCAAGUUUCGAUGGCGGCCGUACCUCACCGAUCCAUGCACGCGUGAUUCCGGCAAUGUACCGCAUAAUUGAAGUCUUGGAAAAUCCAGAUUGGAGAACGGAUGAGGAGAGAAAGUCGAGUUCUUUGCAGCGAGUGAUAUGACCCGAACCUGCGGAAUUAUAGGUGGCUUGAACUGUAUCCGGCGGUGGCGGGUGUGCGCCUCACACAUGUGUGCUGGUGGCAAUGCGACGGUACAAUAUCCGAUUGAAACGCUCCGUGCUCAUACACGUAAAGAUCAGCACGGUGCCAGGCCACAGCACCCCUGAGUUUACCAUCGACUUUACCAUUCCUAUACCGUGGUGGACAAAUAUCAGCGUGAUUUCUUGUUACGGCACAAACCCAACGCCCUCGAAUUGUGCCGAACAGAAGGGACUUGGCUGGGCCCGGCCGGGUCCCGCGACUACUAAGAAAAUACGUCUGUGACUGAAUGACCCCAUAGUGUCAUUCAGUCACAGAACCCCUUGUAGUCCUCGAAGCCUUUGCAUCUUGAGUACCCUUACGGAGUACAUCUCCCUUAGACCAGUCUAUUACAAUCGAAGAGUCUAGAUCGAGGAAGUAAGGAGGAAUGUUUCACAUAGAAAGGUAUACAUGGUCUCGAGAAGAUCCC